UAAGAGCUGGAACUGCUUGUAGUGUUAUUAGGAGCUGGAACUGCUUGUAGUGUUCUUAGGAGCUGAAACUGCUUGUAGUGUUCUUAGGAGCUGGAACUGUUUGUAGUGUUCUUAGGAGCUGGAACUGCUUGUAGUGUUCUUAGGAGCUGGAUAGUAAAAGAUUUUUUGAUACCAAUCUAAAAAAAAAAUCUUGUGUUUCAAGACUGUGUUUUAGAUCGUUUCUUUAAUGUUGCAGAACUUCAAAUCAAUAAGUAAUCAAAAUAUUUAGUCAACUGUAUAAAUGUCUGAGCUAAUUAAUCAAAAAAGAUAUAUCACCAGAUUAUAUUGUAAAGGUUGGAAUAGAUAGGGAAGGAGGAUUUCUAAAGGUUUGCUUAAAUAUUCUUGAUUGUAAAGUGAAUGAACCUAAAACUAAGUUCUCAUACAGAGAAGGAAUAGGUUAUCGAACGAAAGUAUCACUCAAAAGGCAAUCAAAGUCCACUUGAAAAUUAUACGUAGUUAUGCGGAAAUUACAUAUGCAAAAUUAAAUAAAAUAUGCUAAAAAUAGCUUCGAGAGCACAUGUUACUCUUACAGCCGUUUAGGAACGAAAGUGAACUUCAAUAUUGUUCUAAUUGCCACUGUUAAAUCUGUUUUGAAACCGUUAAUCUUAUUGUGAUUUUAUAAUUGUUGUUUUGUCAAUAUCACGGUGCCUUGUUUUCAUAACAUUCAAUUCUUCAUUGUCUUUGAUUUAGUUAACAUUUUUGUGUAAAUAGAAUAAUGUCAAUAAGCUCUGGUUCAGAUUUGUCCAAUUAUGAAGACAUUACUGAUACAUAUAAAGUAGAAGAAGACGCUACAACUUUGAAAGUUUUAGACAACACCAAGCCUUGCAUUUGCGAUUCAGUUGAGGAAGCUACUCGAUUUCUUCAUAGUUAUGAAAUCAGUAAUUCUGUUAGGUUUGCUGCCCUUUCCACUCCAAAGAGUUUUGGAAGUUCAGUUAUACAUGGAACCCAACAUAAAGUAUUAUGGGAAACAUCUGAAGACUAUGCUACUCCUUAUAUUAUAUUAUCUACAAAAAGAUACAAUUGUCACCAUGGUUUCGAUCGGAACGCUGCUGCAAAAAGGAAGCAUAAUGAAGCAAAAGAAAAUCAGAAAGUGGAUCAUUUAUACAUAACUGAUUAUGUUAUCAUACAAGAUACUAAAAAGUUUAAUUGUCCUGCAAAAGCCAUUAUGAAAGAAGUGGUAUAUUUCACUGACUUCAAGCUUAUUAAUUCCAGUAAUUAUCGUAAGAAGCAACAGUCAAAAGAAAUAAAAUAUUCGUUGCUACAAAAAAAGGAUGUGGUAAUUAGUCGAAAAAUUAUUGUUGAGAUAGGCUGCUUCAAUGAUCACAAAAAUCACCCUCUUGGCAAGAUUGAGCUACUCUCACAAAAAAUUGAUCCACGCUUAUCAGUUAAAAUUUCUGAAUACAUUAAAGAUGGUGUUUCUAAUGUGCGUGAGAUGAGAAGACUUUUAAAUAUUACUGUCAAUGAAAUGUUUGGAAAGAAAAAUCUUCCUUCUAGAACCAACAGAAGAUUUUAUCCAAGAACUGACAUAAUUCGUUCGCACAUGGUCAAAGAGCGUCUAAAGCAAAGAUACUCGAACAUCGACCAAGACUGCUUAGAAAUCAAAAUAAAAGAAUGGAAAGAAGCUGACUCAUCUGCCAAUAUCUAUUUUCGACCUAAAGAACGGGGUAACAGUGCUGAGCUCUUGUUUGUAUACCAAGCAUUUUGGCAAAAAAAACUGCUAAAAAAAAUAUGGGAAUGAGAUGUUGUUUUUGGAUGCAACGUACAAAACGACACGAUAUUCUUUACCUUUUUUUUUUUUGGUUGUCAAAACAAAUGUGGAUUAUCAAAUUGUAGCAACCUUUGUAAGCGAAAGUGAAACUUUUGAAUCGAUAUCUGAAGCACUUGUUAUCCUAAAGUCUUGGAAUGAAAAUUUGCAACCUCUUUAUUGCAUGACUGAUUAUUGUAAUGCUGAGAUACGUGCUCUCGAAACUAUUUUUAUUGGGUGUAAGGUAUUUAUAUGUGACUUUCACAGAGAACAGUCUUGGGACCGUUGGCUAAAAAAGCUAUCAAGUGGUUGCUCUAACAGAAAAGAUGAUAUUUUAUGUAUUUUAAGACGACUCGCUUGGUCAAAGUCAAUUGACGAGGAAGAAAAUGCUCAAAGAAUAUUGGAACAGUCUGAAUUCUGGAGUCAAGAAAGCUUUACUAAGUUUAAACAAUAUAUAGAAAAGUAUUGGCUCCCAAUUAAAAAAAGGUGGGUUUGGUGGUACAGGCAGGAUCGUCUUCUUAUCAAUUGCAAUACAAACAAUGGUGUGGAAAGGCAGAAUGAGUCUUUUAAAUAUACUUAUUUACAGCGACAUAAAAACUCAUCAUUGACUGGAAUGUUAACUUUGCUUAUUGAUGACUUCUUCAUUAAUAAACUUGACAGAAAAUUGACAACAAAUGCAAGAAUUAGGAGAAACUUUGAGUUUUGGAAAAUGCUGUUUAUGAAAAAAGCCUAUGCUGAUGUAAUUUUGAAGUUGUGCAAGGGGGCAAGGAAUUUAGACGUUAAAGUACUUACACACAAACUAAUCUCAAUAUAUUACAAGAACUAACAGUAAAAAUAACUUUCAGAAGAUUACCAAUACUUUCUUCCUGCCAUCUUGAAAGUGUUUGAAAAAUUAAUUUACUUUGGACGAGUGAAAUAAAAACGUUGUUUAAGAAGAAUUUUUACUACAUUUAGAAAGUGUUACUUUAUAAGGCAUAAAAUUGGCAGUAAUUUUUGUUUGACAAUUGCUGUUUUUACAAUUUUUUUAAACUCGAUCACUUUUGAUUCAAUUCAAUUUAUUAAAAAGUAAAAAACAGUUUUAGUCUUCAACGGUUGAAAUUAUUUUUUAAACUUCGUUGAAGAAACUGAAAUUGCUCUAGCAUAAAUUGAGAUCGACCUUAUGAAAGAUGGUAUUGAGAUCGACCUGAUGAAAAAAAAAUUUAUAUAUGUGAUAAUUAAUAAAAGAUGAUCAGAUGAAUGCUGGCCUUUAUUAUAUGGCUGGUUGUGUAUUAUAUUUUGUGAAUAGUUAAUGUAACAAUAUCAGUCUCUUUGUUUCAAAAUUAAAAUUUAUGUUUCGCAUAGUAAAUUGGGUUUUCUUACUCUUUUGCAUUUCCUUCGUUUUUGUUAAAUAUUGUUUUGUAAAAUUUAUUGUCUCUCUAAUAUAAUAUGAAUGUGCA